CGCACAAAGCCAACCAGCAUGACUAGAACUGCAAAUUUGAAAGAAACAGAAGCUUACAGACUUCAAAUUUGAAAAGAACAAGAGAUAAGAACAAAGGCAGUUUUAGUCCCAAACAAAACCUCCAUCAAUUCAGCCUGAAAAAUUCCAAAAUCCUACUGCAGAUACCCAACUCAGCUGCCACUCUGCACCAGUAACUCCCCUUUAAAACCUCUCUCUCUCUCUCUCUCUCUCUCUCUCUCUCCUCGAAUGCUUCAUUUUAAAACUUCAGCCAUCUCUCUCUAGACUCCAGAACCCAUUUUGAUUCCCCCAAACCGAAUUUCCAGCUCCCAAAAAGCUCUCACCUUUACCCUUCAAAUCGUUCAAUCCAAUGAAUCACAGCAACCCAAAUAAAUAAAUUUGAGUCCUCACAAACCCAAAUCCCGAAAUCAAACCCGUUUCAAAAGCCAUUUGCUUUAUCGUGAUGAAUUCUGUAGACACUCACCCACUCAUCGGCUACUCAUUCGGCGACGAGCUCUUCCAAAACCGGCGGCUCAUGCGCCACGGCCCGCCACCGUUGCGGGGCGCGAUGCGAAUCCUUUCGCGCGUAAGCGGGCGCCGAAUGAGGCUGCGCGAGCCGUCGGUUCGGGUCCGGGAGAACGCGGUGGAGGAGCUGGAAGAGCGUCAGAACUUCUGGGCUUACUCGAAGCCCGCCAUAAUUCUGGACCUGCUGUGGAAUUUGGUUUUCGUGAUUGUUGGGUUCACUGUGCUGGGGCUGAGCGUGGAGGAGAAGCCAUUGGUGCCUAUAAGGGUUUGGGUUGUUGGGUACAUUUUGCUGUGUGUUGUUCAUGUUGGGUGUGUGGUUGCGCAGUAUCGGAGGAGGCGCGAGGAGGGCGAGGCGGGUUCGGGUGAAGUGGGUUGGGGGAGUAUUGGGAGUGAGAGUUCGGGGUCAGGGGGUAAUGUUGGGGGUUAUGGGGGUGAGCAUGGUUUGGUUGAUGAUGAUACAAGUGUCACCACGAGUCUGGAGUCAGCCAUUAGCAUGUUUUCAUUUAUAUGGUGGAGCAUUGGCUUUUACUGGGUGCUUAAUGGCGGCCAGACUUUGCUAUCCAGUUCACCUCGCCUUUACUGGCUAUGUGUUUCAUUUCUAGUUUUUGAUGUCACCUUCAUCAUUGUAUAUGUUGCUGCUUCAUGUCUUGUUGGAAUUGCAAUCUGCUGCUUCCUUCCAUGCAUAAUUGGAAUCUUAUGUGCUGUGACAGAUCAGGAUGGGGCAACAGAAGAAGAGAUUGAUGGAUUGCCAAAGUUCAAAUUCAGAAGGGUAGGUGACUCAGAGAAAGUUAAUGGUGAGGUCCAAGCUUUUGAAGGAUUCAUGAUCGAAUGUGACACCAAUGCACCAACUGAGCGUCCUAUUUCCCUGGUUGAUGCUGAAUGCUGCAUCUGCCUUUCUGUCUACGAGAAUGGAGCAGAACUACGCGAGCUUCCUUGCCUUCAUCACUUUCACUGCACUUGCAUAGACAAAUGGUUAUAUAUCAAUGCUACCUGCCCCAUGUGUAAGUUCAACAUUUUGAAGCCUCAUGACCGACGUGAAAUCGGGCAAGUGUAAACGGGAUCAAUUAUAUCGAUAUUAGGGAAACCGAAAUCGAUAUAUUAUGUGUAUUAAGUUAGUGUAAACUAACUUGUUAUAAUGCUAAAUAAGAAAAUAAAAUAUAUGGUGCUCUUAAUUAA